AACUGGUCAUCGUCAUGAUUAUGAUAAGCAUAAAAGCCAGCUGUGGGGGACAUCCAAUAUUCAUUUUUUGAGAAGAACCUUCAGACGAACUUCACAAUGUUGAGUAGUUGCGAUGACUAUCAAGCGACGAAGAAUUGUAAAUCUGAGGAAAGAAAAACUCCGGAACAACAACGUACAGCGACAGAGGGUGCAUGUAACAUAGCAGGCGACAUAGCGAGGGCCGUCGCAGUUCUAACAGCCGGAGAAGAACGCACCAUCGAAUCGGACGAGCCAGGCGUUUAUCCGUUGAAUGGCAAAAAAGGGCGCGUAUUGAUAAUAAACAACUCGUUUUAUGACGAAAAUAGAGAUGAAAAUCCGAGCAGCAGAAAACCAGCGUGUGACAAAGACGUUGAUAAUAUGGUGAACCUAUGGAGAAUCCUAGGAUGUGAUCUGUAUGAAGGCAAGGCUCACUUAGAUAAAUCAGCUGAGGAAAUGCGCACGCUUUUGAAGGGCAUAUCUAGAAUAUCGAAAAAUCACUGUUCUUUCGUGGUCAUUAUAAUAAUGACACACGGUAAUUUGCUCAAGGACGAAUCUGAAAAACAAGAAAUAGAAGUUUUAUAUGGGAACAAUGGGGAGACUGAUUAUAUUAAAAGAAAAGAGAUUGACAACAUGUUUCAGAAUGAUGUCGCUGUGAGCCUUCAAGGAAUUCCAAAAUUUUUUAUAUAUCAAUGUUGUCGAGGAAAAAUACAUAUGGAAGCGAUAGAUUCGCAGAUAGAAACUGAUGACAUUGAGACUGAUGGCAUCACAGUACCUAUUUUCAGCGACAUUGUCACCAUUAAUUCCACACUCCCAGGCCACAUUGCGUAUAAGGAUGGCGAUGGUUCUCUUCUCAUUACAUCGAUAAACACAAUUUUCAGAAAACAUGGUAGGAAAAAACAUGUGCUAGAUUUGCUGACGAUGGUGAACUCUGAGAUGUUGAAAAAUCUUAGAAGCUAUAGACAAUCGCAUCAGUCAUUAGAGACUAUUUUGAUAAAGCCGAUGUCCGUAUUGGAGUCAUGCUUGGUAAAACACUUUUACCUGACCGAAUGACCGGGCUUCAUUACACUUCAUCCACAUCACAUAACAAUCGAAGGCUUUCAGAACGAACAUGCAAAACUUGCUUUGUUAAACAACAUUUCAACUAGCUUUUUCUUGUCGGUUCACUUCAAUUAUGCUUUAUGCUUACGUUUUAUUACGAGGUCUUCUUGCUUAUAUAUAUACUUGCUUGAAAAGAGAAAGAAAAAUACUCAUUAUAUAGUUCAGUUAUUGCGCUAGUAAAUUUUCAACUUCAUAAAAACUUGUAAAAUCGGAAACAAUCUGAAUAUCGUAUUUUACGGAACAAAAGGUUUGAAGUGCGUCUUAUGGUCCGCAAAAUACGUUUAGAUAUUAUAUUUUUGUUGUUUUUAUUUCA